AUGGCUGAAGGAAUCAUUGGUGAUGCCAUGCGAAGCAUUGUUGUGCUAUGCUACAACUCAGAUUUUGAGACCAAGAAGGGCGAUUUCAUUGCCAACAUCGACAACACUCUGAAGAAACUUUCAAAGCUUGUGGGCAGCAACAACUACAUUCUUGGCGAUAAGGUUAUGAUCGUCGACUUCGUGCUUUUCGAGACGUUGGAGCGCUACGUCGCUCUGGUGCCCACUUGUCUCGAUAGCUACGCCAACCUCCAGGCUUUCCACAAGCGCAUCGAGGACAUUCCCAGCAUCAAGAAAUACCGAAGCUCUCCUGAAUUCACUAAAAUUAAAGAUAAAUUCAAUGGACCCAUGGCAAAGUUCGGCAGUGGAGUCUAAUUCCAACUAACUUCAACCACCCACACACUCGACCAACAACUUCAACCAUUCAAGCACCCACUCAACCAACAUUUUUUGUUGCUGGAAUAACAAUAAAUU